AAUAAUAAUAAUAAUAAUAAUAAUAAUAAUAAUAAUAAUAAUAAUAAUAAUAAUAAUAAUAAUAAUAAUAAUAAUAAUAAUAAUAAUAAUAAUAAUAAUAAUAAUAAUAAUAAUAAUAAUAAUAAUAAUAAUAAUAAUAAUAAUAAUAAUAAUAAUAAUAAUAAUAAUAAUAAUAAUAAUAAUAAUAAUAAUAAUAAUAAUAAUAAUAAUAAUAAUAAUAAUAAUAAUAAUAAUAAUAAUAAUAAUAAUAAUAAUAAUAAUAAUAAUAAUAAUAAUAAUAAUAAUAAUAAUAAUAAUAAUAAUAAUAAUAAUAAUAAUAAUAAUAAUAAUAAUAAUAAUAAUAAUAAUAAUAAUAAUAAUAAUAAUAAUAAUAAUAAUAAUAAUAAUAAUAAUAAUAAUAAUAAUAAUAAUAAUAAUAAUAAUAAUAAUAAUAAUAAUAAUAAUAAUAAUAAUAAUAAUAAUAAUAAUAAUAAUAAUAAUAAUAAUAAUAAUAAUAAUAAUAAUAAUAAUAAUAAUAAUAAUAAUAAUAAUAAUAAUAAUAAUAAUAAUAAUAAUAAUAAUAAUAAUAAUAAUAAUAAUAAUAAUAAUAAUAAUAAUAAUAAUAAUAAUAAUAAUAAUAAUAAUAAUAAUAAUAAUAAUAAUAAUAAUAAUAAUAAUAAUAAUAAUAAUAAUAAUAAUAAUAAUAAUAAUAAUAAUAAUAAUAAUAAUAAUAAUAAUAAUAAUAAUAAUAAUAAUAAUAAUAAUAAUAAUAAUAAUAAUAAUAAUAAUAAUAAUAAUAAUAAUAAUAAUAAUAAUAAUAAUAAUAAUAAUAAUAAUAAUAAUAAUAAUAAUAAUAAUAAUAAUAAUAAUAAUAAUAAUAAUAAUAAUAAUAAUAAUAAUAAU